CUAACAAGAUCCAGCAAAUCUUGACAGCCCAGGAUAACCUUGUUAAAGCCUGCACAAAUUAUCGUAGGCUCACAGAUGAGUACCUGGACUUUCUGAAAAGGACCAGAACAUUGGACAGUCAAAAAGACAUAGACGCAUGCAAUCUCACAUUGGAUAUUCGUCUGUCCAAAGUGGACCAUGCCCUAGAAACAUUGCACGAACAUCGGCUCGACCUGACAAAGGCUAAAUCUACUAAAACAAAGACCUCAAAAAGUAAGAAAACCUCACAUAGUGGUAGCUCUAACGUGUCUGACAUGUCAAGCCUAGCACGGAGGAAGCGUGCCAAAGCAGAGGCCGCUAAAUCAAAAAUAGCCUUUGUCGAACAACAUGCACUUAUCCUACAACAGGAGGCAAUGUUAGAGGAACAAGCCCUGUUCAGACAAACUGAAAUGGAACAGGGAGCAGCACAAAAAAAGGCUGAAAUGGAACAGGAAGCCACACGCAAAAAGGCUGAAAUGGAGCAUGAAGCAGAGCAAGAGGCCAUACGCAGGAAAGCACAAAUUAAACAGGAGGCCGCACGUGUCAGCCGGGAAAAAACCGAGCUGAAAGCCAAGUUAAACCUUCUAGAAGCACAGAAAGAAGCUGCAGCCGCAGAAGCCGAGGCUCGUAUCCUAGAGUACGAUGACAGCCAAGCGCUAGACGAUCUCCCUAAAGAGACGGAAGACCCGCUCCAACGUGUGCAAGACUUUGUUAAUAAACAUCCUGAACCAACCGCCAUACAGGAAGCGACAGCCCCUCAACAGAAAAAACAAACGUCUGUUAAGAUUGAGUUAAGUCAUGAAGCGCCAGACUUCGUGCCCUCCGUGGCAUUGAACCUGCCAUCACAGACACCUGCGGUCUUGCCUACACAUGCUAAGUCACCGGAAGUUAAUGUAUUCCCAGAUCUGGGAACAAUAACUGGCAUAGGAAAACAGGGCGUUUCAGAAGAGAUCCCUGUUGCAUACCAAAAACAGGGUGUUACAGAAGAGAUCCCUGUUGCACACCAGCAACAAAUCAACCCUACGUCGGAGAUAACCAGAUUUCUCCUACGCAAGGACCUGCUGUUCUCCCGGCUAACAAGCUUUAAUGACCGGGCAGAAUCUUUCCAUUCAUGGAAAGCCAGCUUUAAAAACGUGACAGACGAGUUACAAGUUUCUGACUCGGAACAUAUUGAUCUUCUGAUCAAGUGGCUCGGUCCAGAGUCUGCUAAACAUGCCAUUAGCAUAAGAGCGUCGAACGCCAAUAACCCUACAAAAGGCAUACAGAGACUAUGGAAGAGGCUUGACGAGCGGUAUGGUGCUCCAGAAAUGUUGGAGGCCUCACUCAUGAGUAAACUUGCCAAAUUCCCAACCUUGACGAAUAAGGACAACGCACGUCUCUAUGAACUGUCUGACAUUCUAUCAGAAAUACAAUAUCACAAGGAAAAUCCCAAGCUGGGAUGUUUGUUAGCAUAUUUUGACUCUUCGUCCGGGAUAAAUCCUAUUGUUGAAAAAUUACCAUACGGACUCCAAGAAAAGUGGAUAACAAGGGCUACAAGAUACAAGUCUAAAUAUGAAGUUGCCUUUCCACCUUUCACAGAAUUCUCUGCUUUCAUCAGGGAAAUUAGCAAAACAAAGAAUGAUCCUGGGUUCAUCUUUGGGUCAAAAGCCACACCAAAUACAAAAGGUGCUGCGCCAAGGUUCACGUCUCACCCCAAGACUAAAGUUGGUGCUCAUAAGACAGCGGUUGAGCAGCAAUCUAGAGACGCCAGCAAACAAGGUCUUUGUAUUCUGCACAAUACAAAGCAUUCCUUAAAUGAAUGUCGAGCGUUCCGAGCCAAGUCAAUAGAGGAACGCAAAGGGCUUUUGAAACAAAACAAUGUCUGUUAUAAGUGUUGCGAUUCCACCACGCACAGAAGCCGGGAAUGUAAUGCACGCAUAAGUUGUAAAGAAUGUGGAAGUAAACAACACACUACCGCACUUCACAUUACUAGACCACAGCAACCUGCAAGUUCUCAGUCUAGCUCGCCCAAGCAAGCCUAUAGCGGGGAGCCUACAGAAUCGGCUGAAACUAAGUCAACCUCAGUUAAUUCUACCUGUACCGAGAUUUGCAAGGAUAUAUAUAGCGGGAAAUCUUGUGCUAAAAUACUACCUGUGAAUGUUUAUCACAAGAAUAACCAGGACAAAGUUAUCCGGAUGUACGCCAUCAUUGACGAUCAAAGCAACCGGUCACUAGCAUCGCCCGAAUUCUUCAAUCUUUUCGACGUAAAACACAAACCGGAGAAUUAUACCUUAUCAACAUGCUCCGGCAGAGUAGUCACUUCCGGGAAAAGAGGAAGAGGUUUUGUCAUGGAAUCAAUAAAUGGAAAUGACAAAUUUGACCUGCCGGUACUGAUAGAAUGUGAUGAUAUUCCCAAUAAUAGGGACGAAAUACCUACUCCUGAAGUCACAAUGCAUCACCCUCAUUUAAAAGAACUUAGAGGUAGCAUUCCACCGAUAGAGGAAAAUUGCCAAAUUCUUCUCUUAAUUGGCAGAGACCUUAUAGAGGCACACCACGUCCUUGACCAGCGCAUAUAG